AUGGAUUGGUUAAUCCUAACCUCAUACUUUCUGUGGUUCUUUUCGCCUUUAUCCAAUCCGGUUGUGCAUAUAUGGUUAAGACUGCGAGGACCACAAUAUAGCAUUCAUAUCGCUGUUCCCGAUGUCUUCGAGCCGCCGGACAUUGAACGGAUUGAUCCGUCUGACUUUGUGGAGCGCCCAGUGCAUAUGUACUCCAAUCCCUAUGGCGAUGAAUUGGAACAUGCCGGGGAUGGCGGCAAAGUGGACUCGCACACGACGCAAGCGCAACAGGCGGAACGGCAGGGCAGCAAGAAAUCACCGCUAUUUAAGAUCCAACUGACCAAAAGCUUCAGCAUUGUGGCAUACGACAAUCCGAGGACCAUCUAUCUGCAUUAUGAGAGAAUAUACGAGGGCGUGAAUCGUGUCACCUGGAUCAAUCUCAAUCUAGCUAGCCAAUUGCUUUGGCUAGUCUAUAUGUUGUGCCUGGCGGCUGGCGUCGUGGAGAUGUUGGCCUAUACGCUGUGCGCAGGCUCUGUAAGGUACCUCCAUUGGCUAGCUGGAACGAUUAUAGGGUUAUGCUCGUCGCAACAAAUCGAAGGAUCUGUGCGACAAUUGUUACCCCAGGCGGCACACCUGGAAGCCCUAGCCAUGUUUAGAGCACUGCAGGAGAUUUAUGAUGAAACGCCUGUUGUCGCCGGCACAGAGAAUGCCCAGUCGCUGGAAUCGGACGUGGUUUCUAAAAUUCAGCAGAAAGAUAGCGCACGAUCUUCCGAGUCUGACACAAACGGCGCAGGUGACGCCCCACAACAAUAUGAUGAGAGGCUGGAUUCGGAUCGAGCAAAUCGACCGGCAGACAUGUCAUAUGAGACUCUGGUUGAGAUGAUGGAAUUCGAGUUCCAAUUAAAAAAUCUGUUUGACGAUGCGAAGCCGUUCGGUCCAGCUUCCGAGCGACAUGCUCCAAUCGCAGAUCCAAAUGCUCAAGAAGUAAAAGCGCCAGCCAAGUCGGCAGAGAUCGAGGCAUUUCCAGAGAUUCAAGACGGCGAUUUAAAAUUGGAAAUCCAACUGGAGUCCACCGAGGCUCCUCCAAAGGCAGAUCCGAAAGAGCACGAUGAGAUAUUGCCAGUAAAGUCUGCGGAUAUCUGGAUUGAAGGCGCCGAGCAGGGGAACGACAUAUGGGUGAGCCGAGUAGUUUUAAAACAAGAUGAUGUGCCAGUGGGAUCUAAGGAACCAUCAGGUAUCCAAGAUUUCGAAAUCCAAACGGAGCCCAAAGAUUUGAUAUCAGUUUCCGACUCCUCAGAACUGUCGAUAAACAUGCAAGAAUCUGAGGAACUUUCAAUGAUUGAAGCGUCGGAAAAUGUUGCAUCUGCAGUUAAUCCCGACAUCCUGGAACCUGAGCCAGAAUUAAGUGAAUCCUCUGAAGAGGAUGUUCCAUUUGAGCCAGUCGAAAGUUUUCAUAUCGAAGAGAUUGAGAGACUUGCUAAAUUAUUCACCACCAUCCCAGAUUCUGCUGGAAAGCCUUGCCAGCUUGUAGAAUCCGAGCAGGUCGUUGGCGAACAAGUUGCCAUGACAGUUGGAUCUGCGAAACCAUCAAACAACCAAGAGGCCGAGGUGCAAGCCCAGUUAGAAAAUAUAUCAGCUACCGAAUUAUCUGAAUCUGAAGAACUUUCGAUGGUUAAAGAACCCGACUCGAAAGAUCUGAUAUCAGUUGUAGACUGCUCUGAGACAUCUGCCCAGAAUCAAGAUACAUUCGACUACAGCUUCACAGAAUCCCUAGCAGAUAUUCUAUAUACGCAAGAAACAUUUUUUAUGGAUCAAAAUGAUGAGUUAUUGCAACCUACGCUGCAAUCAGACGCGGCUGAGAAACCUAUUGACCAGGUGAAUCGAACGGACGACAUCCAAGACUCAACUCCAGCUUCUCCGGACGUUGUUCCAUUCAAAUCGCAAGAAACUUUCAGUAAAGAAGUAAACGAUGACAUGGCAUUGCAAGAACAGUUUGCAAAUUUAUUAAAGAUCUCGAACGAGGAUUCUUUCAAAGCACACAAAACCGCGCAGGAAGAUGACAAUUGGGUCAGUGCAGUCCGACGAUAUAAUGAUCCGUUUGGGUACAGAGCGCCAUUAAAGAUCCAAGAGCUCGAGCCCGCACAAGCUCGAACAGAUGAUAUUGCAGAACUUUUCAAGAUCGAAGAUAUUGAUGAAACCAACCGAAAUGCGGAAAAUCAGCUGGAGUACAGUGCAGAUGCACUAAAUGGUGUCCCAACUAAAUCCGAAGAAACAGUUAAUACUCCAGAAAAUGAUGAGAGAAUAAUACUUUUACAUGCUGUUAAAAAGCACGAACUAUUUGAAAAUGUUAAAGAAUCUUCAGAACUUUCAAUGGUUCAAGGAAUCGCUAAGGAAGCGGUGUCAGAUGAAUUAAUAUCAUCUGUAGACUGCUGUGAGACAUCCUCAGAUACACAUGAGAACAACUCAAAACUGGAAACUCGGCUGGCAAAUAAGAUAUUAGUUAGUGAAGGCCCACAACCAGAUGAUACGAUUGGUAACGAGUCGCAAAGAGCUGAGGUUCCGACCCAAACUCGUCAGAUUUCUGAAGGCAUUCGAACAGUUCCCGAAACCUGCGCUGAAUCGGAACACUCAAUGACAACAUCUGAAUGGUCGGAAUUGAACAUGGAUAUGGAAGAAAUAAUUCCAGCACCUUCGUUGUGCUUUCCUAACGCGUCCGCACUAAAACUUUCAAGUGGGUUUUACGAACAGGUCGGCUCAAGCUCAAUCGCUGGAGCAGAUUCAAUAGGACCUGGCGUUAGCCCAAACAUGCCCGACGUUGAAUUUAGCUCAGCAACCGAGUUCUCCUUGACUGAAGCCGACUUUGAAUUUGAACCAGCUGCUCAGCAGCUCCCACAACCACAUCUAAGUAUUCCCGACGCUACUCGGCCUCCGUUCCCCAGAGGUCAACAACCGGCUGUGCCAAUAUGGCCAGGAUGUUCGGAGAUUGCCGUCGUCAAGUUGUGCUUAGGAACUGGGCCAGCUGUUCCAAUAUGGGCAAACGUUCCUGAGCUAGAAUUAUCUUCAGCAUCUAGUAUGUCGUUGACGGAAUCCCUGCCACCGGCUUCAAGUAUUUCCGACGUCGAAUUCCGCUCGGUUACUCAGCUGGCCGUGUCGGGGCCCAAUCUUCCAGUUGAGCCCUACAAUUAUACACCUAUGUCAGUCGUCGAUUCUGGACAACAACAGUCGGCAGACCUAUCCGGCAAUAUUCCCGAUGUGGAACUGUCCGUCCCUGCGCCAGCACAGCCCGAGGUUUCACUUGUGUCCUGCGAACGCUCAGUAGGUUCCGUUGCUAAAUCUCGUUCGGCGAGUCAGCUGAACGAAACAAUUGUUCCAAAAUGGUCGGGCCAAUCUUCCGGCUAUGCUGGAACUCGUUCGGCUACUCAGCUGUCCGGCCGUGGGGUCGCCCAAUUGGAUUUGCCAAUUGCUUCUUGCCAAUCGUCAUUUAAGCCAGUUGGCAGGACAAGUUCAGCAACGCAGUUGGCUUCGACUCGUGGAAGCCCAGAAUCCCUGAACUAUGCCGAGGACGAGUUCCAUUCGUUUCCGAACUUGCCAAUUGGCUCGAACGAAUCCUUAUGCAUUUCCGGUGACGAAUUUCAUUCGCCAAUUGUGCUCUCCUUUCUUGGAAUACCACAGCCGGAUGUCGGUUCACAUACGUCUAACGCCGAAUUCGCAUCCGAUAAUCGGUUGCUUUUUCCUGGAGUUCCGGAACCAGUUGCUCCAAUGUGGCCAGACGAAUCUUUGAAUGUGGAUGAAUACGAUUUUGAUGUUGAGAAUAUCGGAGCGUACGAUGAUGAUCUACAGGAAUACAUUAGGAGCUAUGAGCCGGCUGGUAGUCCGGUUGCGGCUGUAAGUCCAACUUUGGAGCCCAUGUCCACCGAAUCCGAGCAGGAUGUCAUGGAAACGGAUGAUCUGGAGAAUCCAGAUGGCACCGUCCAGGUAACCCUCUUCCUGCCCGAUGGCCAGCCCUAUGUGCUGGACUACAGGCGCCUGGAUCAUAUUUAGAUUAAGCUGAAGCUUCUUACUAGAUACUAGAUAAGUAUUUCUCUAUGCCAUAUUUGAUAACCCUCCUUUUAAGACGAAUUCUUCUUUUCUAGUUCUAGUUAAUCCAGUUUUGAUUUUGUGAAU